GCCUGGGACAAGGGCUCCGGGGCAUCAGGGGCCCGGAAACCCCGCCCUCCCAUUGCCUCCGACAUGGACAACGACUCCACCUACUCCGGAUACUCCUACAAGUCCUCCCAUUCACGCAGCUCCAGGAAGCACAGAGAGCGGAGGGACAGACAUCGGAGCUCCAAAAGUCGAGAUGGAAGCAGUCGAGACAAGUCAAGUCUGCAGCCUCCAGGAGAGCCUCUGUUGGACGCGGAGUCCACCAGAGGAGAUGAAAGGGACGAUAACUGGGGCGAGACCACCACGGUUGUCACGGGGACCUCUGUGGACAGUGUUUCUCAGGAGGAUUUGACCCGAGUCACUAAAGACCUAGAGGACUCCACUCCUCUGCAUUGCCGACGCUACCUCGGGCUUACGCUAGCUGCCAUCUUGGGCUUGUUCGCGUUCGUCACCCCUCUGGCCUUCCUGGCUCUGCCCCAACUUCUGUGGCGGGACUCCCUGGACCCCUGUGGAACUCCUUGUGAGGGGCUAUACAUAUCACUGGCUUUUAAACUCCUCAUCCUCCUCAUCUCGACCUGGGCCUUGUUUUUGAGACCACCCCGUGCCUCUUUUCCACGUUUUUUCGUCUACCGAUGUCUGCUGCUGGCAUUGGUUUUUCUCUUUGUCGCCUCCUACUGGCUGUUCUAUGGAGUGCGUGUAUUGGAGCCCAGGGAGACAGACUACAGGGGCAUUGUGGGAUAUGCUGCCUCUCUGGUGGAUGCACUCCUGUUUAUUCAGUAUCUGGCGUUGGUGCUGCUGGAAGUGCGCCACCUACGGGCCGCUUUCUGCCUGAAAGUGGUGCGGUCCACAGAUGGGGUCAGCCGCUUCUACAAUGUGGGACAUCUCAGCAUUCAGAGAGCUGCUGCCUGGGUGCUGGAUCAUUACUACAGUGACUUCCCUGUUCACAAUCCAGCUGUGUUAAACCUGCCCAAGUCCAUCCUCUCCAAAAAGACCUCUGCCUUCAAGAUCUACAGCCUCGGAGAAGAAAACACCACGGGUAACUCCACAGGACAGUCUCGGGCCAUGAUCGCAGCUGCCGCUCGGAGACGAGACAAUUCCCACAAUGAGUAUUAUUACGAAGAGGCUGAGAUGGAGCGAAGGGUCCGGAAACGCAAGGCCAGGCUGGUGGUGGCAGUAGAGGAGGCGUUCACUCACAUCAAGCGUCACCAGGACGACCAGACGCCCUCCUCGCCCAAACACCCGCGUGAGGUCAUGGACCCCAGAGAGGCGGCUCAAGCCAUCUUCGCCCCAAUGGCCCGUGCCAUGCAGAAGUACCUGCGAGCCACUAGGCAGCAGUCUUACCACACCAUGGAGAGCAUCAUCAACCACCUGCAGUUCUGCAUCACCCACAACAUGACACCCAAGGCCUUUUUGGAGCGCUACCUGGCUCUGGGCCCCACCCUGCAGUACCUGGACCACGGCAGAGGACGCCAGUGGACCUUAGUGAGUGAUGAUCCGGUGACCUCCGCUCUUCGUCAGGGGCUGGUCUUCUCCUUAAAACGCCCAGAUUUCGCACUGGUCGUGAACGUAACUCCACUUCCCUUUUUAUCUUUGGGAGAAGAAUUUGUAGAUCCGAAGAGUCACAAGUUUGUCAUGAAGCUCCAGUCUGAGACAUCUGUGUAGGAUGAACCAAAAGCAGAACUAUUGGGGAGUCAUGGUGUCCAAACUUAUUUUUGUACAAUGUUGCAGUAAUUUUUUUUGUUCCUUUUUUUUUGAGCUACACGACCUUUUAAAAUGUGUCUAAAUAUAAAAAAUACUGACAAAAUAGACUUUAAACUGCCUUUUGUAUGACUUUAUAAGGGCUGCAUCCAUUUUGUUAUCAAUAGUCUAACUUACUAAUGAAAUACAACACAAUGCAGUACACAAGACAUGUUUUGAUGCUUAAAGAUUGCACUGUGUCACAUUUCUAGUGGAGAUCUGUCACCUUGUCUCAUGGAAAUGUCAUUGCUUUACCUUGAAUGUUGUACAGUAUGAUAUCAAACCUAUCCAUCUUUUUUGUACAUUGGAAAACAUGCAUUGUUACUAAGAACAGGGUCUCCUCUACACAGAUCUGACCUGUAACUUGGUCUGAUGGCGUCACCUCCUUGCCCCCAUGAAGACAGAUAAGCUCAGUGUUAUACUGUGGAACAUUACAGGCAAAGCAAUAAAAUCUCCAUGGAGACGAACACGUGACAGAAAAUGUUUCAAAAUUGUACUAUUUUACUAAAUGUCAGUAGUUUAGGACACUACAAACCACUAUUGAAUCACUACUUUGUUCACUGUUAUGAUUUCAUAGAUAUUGAGUUGCACGACCAUUUCAGAAUUUUGAAAAUUAUGACGAAACAUGUAAUGAACUGAAUGAAAAUAUUAAAACUUCUCUUGAGGAGAAUCCACCACCAGACCAUUAAGUUUUAAAGGCUAGAAUUUGCCAUUUUUGUCACUUUGCUUACUGGCUUUAUAUGUUUCAGCAAAUUCCUGUACAAAGAAACACUAAAUCUAUGGUCUUGUACUAUCAGCAGUGUAUUUGAUUGUGUAGCUAAACUGACAAUGAAGGUCAACAGCGGCCACAAUAAGCUUUGUUUUAUUGUAUUUACUGUACAUAACUUAAAGGUGCAUUUUGUAACAUUUCUGGUGGAGGGUCCGUCAAAUACUUUUCUCCAUGGAGAUGUUAUAGCUUUGUAUGGAAUGUUUCACAAUUACAGUAUGGUAUUAAACCUUUCCAUCACCAUGGAGACCAAACCAGACCAAGGUACAGGUCAGAUCUGUGGAGAGGCGACCCCACUCACAGUCAGAAUGCCUGUAUUUCUAGGUAUCUUUGAGCUAUAAAAAACACCUGUAAUUGAAUAAAUGUAAAGUAAAGCUGUAUGUCAUACUGUGAAGCAUUCCAGGUAGAGCAAAGGCAUAUUCAUGGAAACAAGCAGGUGACAGAUCCUCAACCAAAAAGUUACGUAGUGCACCUUUAAAUGUUCAAACAAAAUAAGGCAUCGGUACAUUAAUUGUUUAAAAUUUUGAGAAUAAUUUUGGUUGUAAAUUGCCAAGACUGGACUCCCAGUUUGCCAUUGUGCAGUUAGAAGUAAUAUUUAGCGUGAUGAAUGUUACACUGUUGUUGUCUUUUUUUCAUUUAGUUCACUGAUUUUUAAGCUGUUUUUAAGAAAUGUUUUAUACAAUUUACACUGAAAUUGUUUUUAUUAAAUGCUGUUUGUGCCCUAUG